GUUUUUUUCCUAAAAAAAUGAAACAAUGCAUAUAAAAACAAUAUAUACGUGACGUACUUUUCUUGCACUAUCGAAUAAUAUGUGAAGAAACGAAAAAAAAUUUACUGGAUGUCAUGCAUUAUACGCACCUUAUAUAAACACGUAGAUUGGGCGAUAAACAUCAUUUCAUCAUAUAUACAAAUAUGCGAUUAACAUUUAUUGCUUUGUCGUUGGUUAGAGAUCACGCAUCAAAGACGUCUAGAUAAAGAGAGCAGGAAUCACACUUGUCUAGACAUCAAAAUACUUACUAGGAAUAUAUCCUAUUUUUUUCAUGCAACAUUUCUAGAAAUUUUGAACCUUACAACAGAAAUAUUUCCGAUUGUCCAAAGGCUCUCCCUUGAGACGACUGCCACUUGGACGGUCAUGAUAAAUAGUGAAAAAAUGUCGUUUCGUGUGAUUUUACGAUCUGCACUUAUUAACUUAGCGUCAUUUUACUCGAUUUUUGGUAUUUUAGCAUCGGAACGCUGUGAGCCUCAAUGGAAGAAUUUAUUGCUAAAAUAUUUUUCAUAGAGAGGUCUUAUAGUCAUUAGCAACAUUCCAAAGUGUCAAUCAGAAUGUAUGCAUCCUCACGAUAAUAUUUACAUGUGAAAUAAACAUCCGUUUUUUCUCUGUGGUGCAAAACAAGAAUUUUUUAAUUACGAACUGAUAUCUCGAUGAGGAUGCGUUCAUUAUCACUCAAAUUGUGGAGAGUUUCUAAUGGCUAUAAGGUCUAUCUAUGAAGAAAAUCUCAGCUCGAAAUUCAUGCAUUCAUAUUCCUAGUCAUCCAAUGAACAUAAGUCCAAAAUCGACUAAAACGGCCCUCACCUAACAAGUGAAGAUCGGAAAAUCAAAUCAAAUCAAAUCAUACAAACUUUUUCACUACUCAUCAUCACCGAUUGAAUAUCAAUAGUCUUAAUCGUAAACGAAAAUCGAUUAGACAGUUUUGAACGUUCUGCUGUUAGUUUGUUUUGAAGAGUAUAUAUAAAUAAGACAUGAGCGAAAUGAAUCAUUUGAAUAUGAAUAUGGUGCUGAAAUAAUUAAAGAUUAUGUUACAUGGAUAGAUAGUUAUUUUGUGAUGUGUUUAUAUGAAUGUUGUUAGAUUUUCUAGUAGCAUUGGUAUUGUACUUCAUUUUUGUUUUUCUUUCUUAUAGAGUAGUGCUGGGUAAGUUAUUUUCGUACCCUUUACAGUGACUGAGAAAUAUUUUCUUAUCCUUACUCUAUCCUACAAUCUACGCUAGAGUAAGGUAAAAUUGUGUAUCUUUACUGGUUUUUAUUUUUGAAAGUUUUCUGACCAUUAAACUACAAUGUAUCUAAAAACAAAAACUAUGGAAUAGGCUACAUAUUUGUUUGGUGUUUAUGAAAAGCCUUGAGUUUUUUUUCUUCAUAAUGAUACAUCAUUUCCAAUUUUUGACACAUUAACUAAUUGAACUGUUACUUUCAAAAACAAAGGAAGCAAUAUAUUUGAACAACCAGGCUCUUUCUCGAUUUUUUUUACUACACAUCCAGGACAGUGAAGGGACUUCACGAAACCACACAAACUCGUCCACACAAGCGCGUGAUUCAAAAAUACGAUCGUUACAAGGACUUCCUUUCUACAUGAGCACUUAGUGUAUUACUUUUUCUCUUAAUUUACGUUUCUUAUCUCAUUUAUCUUUUAGUUAGUUUUCACGGUUGUUGUUUUCUCAGCACCUGCUGAGUUUAAUAAUCGUCCAGCUAGACAACAAGACAGAUAUCGAAGAGAUGAAAAUCAUGGACAAGAACCAGAAAAUGGAAAUACUGGACAAGGUGUAGAAACUGGAAAUGGUGUGCAAGAAACCGAAAAUGGAAAUGAUGCACAACAACCAGACAAUGGAAAUGGUGCACAACAACCAGACAAUGGAAACGAUGCACAACAACCAGACAAUGGAAAUACUGGACAAGGUGUAGAAACUGGAAAUGGUGUGCAAGGAACUGGAAAUGAUGCACAACAACCAGACAAUGGAAAUGAUGCACAACAACCAGACAAUGGAAAUGGUGCACAACAACCAGACAAUGGAAAUACUGGACAAGGUGUAGAAACUGGAAAUGGUGUGCAAGAAACUGGAAAUGAUGCACAACAACCAGAUAAUGGAAAUGGUGCACAACAACCAGACAAUGGAAACAAUGCACAACAACCAGACAAUGGAAAUACUGGACAAGGUGUAGAAACUGGAAAUGGUGUGCAAGAAACUGGAAACGAUGCACAACAACCAGAUAAUGGAAAUGGUGCACAACAACCAGACAAUGAAAAUGGUGCACAACAACCAGACAAUGGAAAUGGUGCACAACAACCAGACAAUGGAAACGAUGCACAACAACCAGACAAUGGAAACGAUGCACAACAACCAGACAAUGGAAAUACUGGACAAGGUGUAGAAACUGGAAACGGUGUGCAAGAAACUGGAAAUGAUGCACAACAACCAGAUAAUGGAAAUGGUGCACAACAACCAGACAAUGGAAACGAUGCACAACAACCAGACAAUGGAAAUGGUGCACAACAACCAGACAAUGGAAAUGGUGCACAACAACCAGACAAUGGAAAGGAUGCACAACAACCAGACAAUGGAAAUACUGGACAAGGUGUAGAAACUGGAAAUGGUGUGCAAGAAACUGGAAAUGAUGCACAACAACCAGACAAUGGAAAUGAUGCACAACAACCAGACAAUGGAAAUGAUGCACAACAACCAGAUAAUGGAAAUGAUGCACAACAACCAGACAAUGGAAAUGAUGCACAACAACCAGACAAUGGAAAUGAUGUACAACAACCAGAUAAUGGAAAUGGUGCACAACAACCAGAAAAUGGAAACGAUGCACAACAACCAGACAAUGGAAAUGAUGCACAACAACCAGACAAUAAAAAUGGUGCACAGCAACCAGACAAUGGAAAUGAUGCACAACCACCAGACAAUGGAAAUGGUGUACAAGAACUAGACAAUGGAAAUGAUGCACAACAACCAGACAAUGGAAAUGUCUUACAAUAUCCUGGAAAUUUGAAUAGUGGAGAAGGACUAGAAAAUGCAAAUAGUGGACAAGCUAACGAUGAAUCAGAUAAUCAUGAAAGUCCGGAAAUUGUUCAUGAUUUCGAAAUUCAAUUUCGAAAUCGUUAUUUUCCAACAAUAAUGGUUCCUAAAAAUUAUGAUAAAUUGAAACAACGAACACAAUCAUGCGAUGAACCUAUUACAUCUUAUAUUGAUGAUAUUAUUAAUUUAUGCCGUGAAAUUGAUCCAACUAUGUCCGACUCAAUAUUUAUGCAACAUUUAAUGAGUGAAAUAAACCCUGAUUUCAGAAAAGAAAUGUCUAGACAUGUAUCUUGUAUGAAUACAUUAAAUGAAUUCUUAAAAUACGCUAAAAUCGAACCAGCUUUGUAUGAUACUUUUGAAAAAUCUCGUCAAUUAUCUAUCGAAUCCAAACAAUCUAAUUUUACAUUUAAUCAUUCAAGAAUUUCCACAUUAACAACUAUGAUUAAACAACCGAAAUUUCGAUAUCAUUAUAUAAAACAGAAUAGUCGUUCACAUUUUUUAUCAUAA